AUGAAAAUUUCCGCCGCUGCGAUUUUGGUAUUGUGUGUGGUCAUUGAUCAAAAAUACUUUGAAUUUAUUUACAAGGCCAUGGUACACGGAGGAUUGUUGGAUAUAUUUAAAGGAAAAGAUAAAGCACUAGAUGAAGCAUCAGGUGGAUAUUUACCAGGAAAAUAUUUUUACGGUUAUCACCUAGAUAUAAAAAGAGGUAUAAUAAUGCCGCCCCAGAAUAAUUUUUUAACGGCUGCUCCACUUGGAAACGCUGAUGCACCUGCUGAAUUCUAUCAAACAAUGAACAUGAGCAAUGCACUUCAAUUUGGAAGCGGUUACACGUUUCGAAAGUGGCUGAGAGGAACGGAGCUUACGUUUAAUGAUCCAUUGGAGUACGGAAACUACACGGUGCACAUGGAUUUUGAUACCCCUGAUGGUAAAUGGGCUUUGGGGCUGUACUUCAAUUUUGUUGUCGACGAAAAUUCCAUGUGUACCGUCCAUGAGUUUUAA